GGGAGCAGCUGCUUGCUAUCUCUGUUACUAACCCUUCAAAUCACCUGGUCAAAAGCAAUCAGCCUCCACCCAAAGCAUCUUGCCACCCCACUGUUCAUCAGAGUGACUCAGGAUGUGUUACCUGGCUCGACCGGCUGCUCUCAGGAGAGCUCAUCCAACAGCAUCACUGCUGCCUUUGCUCUCACCCUGCUGCAGCCAGAGCUCACUCCUAAUGCAGGAACAGCUGCGGCACUUGGAGUGCAAUGUGGGGACAGUGGGGACAUGUCCCUGCUAUGGGGCUGUCGUUCUGCUGCAGCUUUGCAUACCAGAAGUCCUCCUCACCUUUUGUAAGGAGUCCAUGGGAUGCCAGGCUCACCUGGUGGCAGGUCACCAGGUUUUGUCACCCGUGCAAUGUCCCCACCAGCAAGGUGACAGCAUACAAUGCAUCAGCAUGAGUAUCCUGGUGAUGGGGAAGGGAGAGUCCAGCACACACAAGCCAUGAGUGCUCGUUAUUCUGGUGCCUGUGCUGAACCACUCCUAUGCUGAACAAGGCAGUGAGCAAACAGAGCAGCCUUAACCCCCCCCCCCCCGCGCGGCUGGGCUCCCCUCACUCUCUUCCUUCCCUCGCGGUGCCCUUCCCUUUCCCACCAGCUGGAUGCUGAGCAGUGAGCGCAGCCCCUUCCUUCAGGGAAGCAAAUGCAGAAGCAGCGCAGUGCCCCACUCUGUACCUGGAAAAAUCAGGAAUCUGCAUCCCAAUAACCAGAAAAGAAAAAAAAAAAAAAAAAAGAAAAGAUAGAAAACUACUCUCCAGAAGUGUUCUUUUCCCAGCUGUGACCUGCAAACUGCUCGUCUCCCCACCAGGGCCCAGCAGCAGCGUUCUGCUGCCGUGACAGAUCCGCGGCAGCGACACGCGGUGGCGGUGCGCGACACGAGGUGACGAUGCUCAAACCCGAUCCCCUCCGCCCGCAUCCAUCCCAGAGCCGCACCGAAGGGCAGGAGCACGGCUCCCAUAGCAAUGCACGGGACGUCAGCUGUUCCUGCACUGAGGUCACGCAGAUAGCGAGGGAACGGUUGGGAAACAGCCAGGGAAAGGCAAGAGAAAGGAAGAUGUGGGGGCCUUAACCCAGUGCCACAGUUAAAAUGAAUUAUUAACAUCGGUGUGGAAGUAGAGAGGCUGUGUCUUAUCAGCAGCAAUAAAGCAAUUAGGACAGAAACCUUUGAGCACACAGAAUGCUUCCCGGACUGAGGCACCAACGGAGCUCAGACCCUUCACUGCACCUCCUGAGCUGAGAUCUCUGCUCCCCAUGGGCAUCGACUCUUACCCCAGUGACAAGCCAUGGGGUCUUGCAGGGUCACUGCUGCUCCAUCAUUUGUGUGGGGCAUGGAGAGAUCCCAGCUGCCAUCCAGGUGUCAUCCAGACCCAUCUGAGCCCCAGUUGUGGCUUCCCGCAGGGCAAGGACAAGGACAAGGAGUUCUGGUUCUCACCUGCAGCAUGGAGGUGUUUCUCACCCUCAGUUUUAUGUGCCACAUUUUAUUGCAAUCCAGUUGUUUUGCCAUCAACAUGGUAAAAAACAAAUAAAUGCCCUUAGGGAGACUGAUAUCACUGAAGCUGAAUGGGUGAUGGGAGCUGGUUAUUGCACAGGUUUGGUACAAAGCAACAAAACGACUGCAGUUUAAGUCAUUUAAGUCAUCAAACGAUGAUAAAGAAAGCAAAACCGCUGGAUAGAGAUACACCUUUGUCCAGGGAAAAUCCAAGUGCUUAAGAAAGCAUGGUCCAAGUCUUCAAAGCAUACCUGUGCCCCAGAAGCUUGGGAGUCCAACCUUUGUACCCUGGCACGUUGGGCAGGGCAGAGCAAAGCUCUCCAGCAAGUCACAUCUAUUGGCUUUGCCAUGAGCACCAAACCACCUGCUGCUCUCACAUGGAGUGUAAUGUCCUGCAAAGCCUGUGGGUAUGGAGAGGGCAGAACCAACCUGGGGCGUUUUCAGCACUGCUGUGCAUUGACUGUGCUUCAAUCCAUCAUCUUUAUUUGUAGGAAAAACAGAGCAAAGUCUGCCACAACAUCACAACUGUUGCUAUGCGCACUUCUGCCUUUCCGGAAGCAGUGCAAUCCACCAACCAACAAACUUUAAAUGCACAGCAGUUAAAAUGCAGCACAAUUAAAAUAAGAAAGAAACUAAUCACUACGAAAUGACAAGUUACUGAGAGAUCAUAAUGAUAUUCUCAAGUAAAAUCCACGUGCCUUAGUGACAUGCUGCUUUGAUUUGAUUUCUCAACUUUGAUCUCUUUAGCUGAUUGGCAAUUUGGUUUAAUCAGGCUAUGGUGCAAUGAUCCAAUAUAAUUUCCCUCCAUUAACAUGAUUAUAACUACCUGGAAAGCCAGUUUUCUCGCUGGCUUGCUGCAGUGAGAAACUUUAACAACUGUUGGGGCAGAAAACAGACUUUUGUUCUGGAAUCCUCUAGAAUGUGGUGCCAGAGGAUGAGCAUCAGGGUGGUUCAGACUGCAGAAGUGGGGAGAAACACACACAAUGAUCAUUCUUGAUGUGAAGUUCUGCCUAAAGGCCCUUCCCAGCAAAGAGCAUUUCAAUGCUAGUAAUUAAAAACCAUUCCUUUGUGUUACAACUUUGCAUGUUGUCUGAAGCACUGGGGAAUUCCUCAGAACUGUGCAGUUUCUGCUCCUGGCUUCUUCAUUGGUUUCCUUUCCAUCAUGAAGUGGCUAAAAAGGAGCACUCUGCAGGUUCCAUAUUCAGUACAUCACUGUCAUUUCUCCUAUUUCUGUCAUUAUUCUGGCUGUCUCCAACUUGCUCAGCAAUGCACUGCUGAACCUCAAUAGAGCAAAAUCAUUAUUAACUCUAAACAUCGUUACAUUAAAAAACAAAGAAUUAAACAUCAAGAGCUGAGCAGAGACCAGCAGAGCCGCAGACCAGAAGCAGAAGCAUCCUAACCUAAGGGACACCAGCAAAAACUGUACCCAAAAUGAGAUUUGGAAGUUUGCCGAGUGAACAUUCGAGAAGGGCAGAGAUGGAAGUUCUCCUCCUCUUUGUGGCUUUGCUGCAAGAGCCAGCCUCAAGCACCUUGUAUGGGCCCAGGUUUUUGUCAGGUGCAGUAGGAGGGUCCAUCACCCACCAGUGCUUCUACUCCAUCACGCCUGCCAACAAGCAUGACAGAAAGUUCUGGUGUAAAAGGAAGAGCGAUGGGAUUUGCUACACCAUCAUCUCCACCACCAACUUCAUCUCAGAAGACCACGUGGGCCGAGUGGCCCUGGAGGAUGUCCCUCAGAAUGGCACCUUCAUGGUGACGAUGACACAGCUGAAGACAAGUGACACAGGGACCUACCGCUGUGGUAUUGGCCCCACCAACAGCGACCUCCACGUCAGCCUGAACCUGACGGUGUCAGCAGAUGUGGGCACGCAGAGGCCAAUUGAGCUGUUCCUUGGGGAGCUCCGUGGCUCUGUCACCAUCCUCUGCCCACCUGGGGACAGCCGGGGUGGCACCAGGAGGCUCUGGUGCAAAGUGGGGAAAAGCAGCUGCAUCCUCAUUGCUGACACCGAUGGCUACGUGGGAAUGAGCUACGAGGGACGGAUCUAUAUUACUCCCCAGGACAGCUCUGGAGCAUUCAAAGUGCUGAUAAAUGAUUUAAGGCCAGAAGACGUGGGGCUGUACAAGUGUGGGAUGGGCAGCCCAGCUGACUGGGACAGCUGGCAGAUGGUAGCCCUGCAGGUGACCACAGUCCCUGCCCAGCCCCGGAGGGUGAAGUUUCUGCAUGGCAGCGUGGGGGGCUCACUGUCCCUCAGGUGCCACCACGACCCUGCAGGCAGCUACACCAGCAAGUACCUGUGCAGGUGGCAGAAGGCCAACUGCUCCCUGCUGGUGGACACCGAUGGGUUUGUGCAGGAGUCCUACAAAGGGCGCAUGUGGAUCAGCAGCAGCAUGCAGGACAGUGGGACCUACACCGUGAUGAUGAGCCGCCUGCAAGAGGAGGAUGCAGGGUGGUACUGGUGUGGGGCCAGGAGCGGGCAUAGGGAGCACACGACCCCCAUGAAGUUGCUCAUUGAGAAAGAAAUCUUCACUUCAUCAAACCCAGCAAGGCACAAUUCUGUGAACCCCACUUUGCCGUUCAGGUCAUCUUCCAACCAUGUAGUGACACAGAGUAGCACCACAUGGCCAACAGACACCACAGAACCAACAGACACCACAGGACCAACAGACACCAUGGGUCCAACAGACACCACUGGGCUGAGACUCACCGCAAUGUUGGCAUACAUCACAGGCACCAGAACUGAGGGCACCAGCCCCCAUCCAUCCACCAGUCCUCCCCCCAGCACCUUUGUGACCUCCCUCAGUGACACCUACAGCCAGAGCUCAUCAGGCGAAUUCUCUCUGCUCUCCGUUGUGAUACCAGCUCUGGUUUUGCUGAUUUUCAUCAUUACCACUGUUCUUGUCCUUACCAAAAUAAAGCUUCGUAAGGAGAUGGAUGUAAGUAGGCGUUGGAAGAACUUUUCCCUCCCCCACAUAUGUGCAUUUUGUUCAGAAGAAGGAAGCACCCUGGGACAGACAGAAGCUGUGCUGGUGCAGACUGGGCUGAGUCCCACUGAAGGACAGGGGAUGGAGGACCUCAGCAGCCCAGACAACACCAAUGGAUGCAAGGCAGAGGCAGGCAGACAUCGGAUGAUACGUGCUCUCCUUGGAAGGUUCGGGCAGACCAGGUUGUAUGAAUCCUUCAGUGAAAAAUAUUCUUUCCAUCAUGAAUGAUGAAGACUUGAGGGAACCCAGGCAGAACCCCUCCUCUCAGAGCACGAUGUACAUAAGCUCAGAAGCUCCUUUACUGAAAGGCAAAAUGCAGCUAUAACCUCAAAGCAUGCAGCACUUCUUCCUUGCUCCCCAUUCCACAGCCAAAUGCCUUGUUGUGUGGCGUGUAGAGAACAAAAUGAAGCAACUAGCCAUGCUGUUCCUGUAUGCGACCCUGACUGUCUCCUGUAGAGCAGAGCACCCCAAUGGGGAGCUGGGUAUGGAAUGCAAGAAUCCUCAGGGCUGCAGGUCUGACUCUUGGAAAUCUUCAUCCUUAGGGAUUUGUUUUGCAAAGCACAAACCGUGUCAGACUUCAGUUCAACACCAAAGGUUUCAGCCCAGACUGUGUGCCAUACUUCAGCCUGGAGGAAAAAAAAAAAAGCAAAGCAAGGGUUAUUUGUGUUCUGGAGAUGCCAAAGUGCUUUGGCACCUGUGACUUGGCAAGACGACGCUUCCUUGUCUGUUAAAGCAAAUAUAUUUGCGUAAUUCCAUCUUCUUCAGAGACAAAGGAUCAGUUUUACCAGAAACUUCAAGGGCAAAGACGGAGGUUUGGAUAAAGAAGCUGUUAGUCUGUCAGGAACUGCCUCUUGUCCAAGGUGCCCAAAUGGCUGCAGGCCCUCACCUGGCUGCCUUCAUCCAAGGUUCCUCUGCCUACUGCGGUGCCACCAUUUCCAGCUCCUUCCAAGCACAUCUCUGUGCACGUGAGCAGCCAGACAGGAGGUGGGAAGGAAACAUGCAGGCAUCCAAAAAGGAAAGGCUCUCCUGAGAGCAGUAGGUGUACAAAAAGCAAACACACCUGUGUUUAUUGUGGCCAAGCACAAACCCCAGAGCCGCUGUCCUGCUCCAGCUCCUCAGCUUGUCCUAUGAGCGGGUGAGAAAGUCUUCCUGUGGCCCCGAAUAAAACAAAAUCAUUGCUUUAAUUAGAAUAAAGGAAAGCAAGUUAAUGUCUCAUCCCACACAAACAA